GCCCGGCUGGCCUAAUGCCCUUCGCACCCCUUAAGUCAAGUAUGGCGACAGGCGCUCCCUUUUGUCCGACUACCUCCCGACUCCUCGGCUAGGUUCAACUACAGGAAGCGAGCAGACCAGCACGCACAGGCGAACAGCGUUUCAACCGACAAUGAAGCCGUAGCCGCACACCUCAGCGGCUCCCGGCGAACAGGCGCGAGGCCGGGAGGGGGAGGAGGAGAAACGCUUGGCUAAGCCCCGCCCCAGCUCGGGCCCUCGUUGGAGGAUGCCUCAUUCUGGACCCGCCCCUUAACGGACCUGUCGCUUUGUGACAGGCGGAGGGGCCAGUUCCUGUUGGGUGAGGGGCGGAGUCAGACGUUGCCAGAGCUCCGCCCGGACUCCAGGGGGCUCCUCCCCUUGCUCGUCGCGGCGGGGCGGGCGUGAGGGGGAAUGUCAUUGCUUCUCCGAGCUGUGGUGCCGCCUCCGCCUGCUCCUUCUCUGGCGCCCUCGUCCCGUCGGCUUUCGCCGCUACCGCCACCGCCACCGCCGCCACUGCACUGGGGACACGGAUGGCUAGUGGAGCGCGGGGGCCAUCUGGCUUGAGAGAGCAGCGAUCUCGGCCGCUGCUGAGGCGGAGACUCCCCGCCGCCUCCACCCCCAGUUCCCUGGCCUCGCGGCGCUGAGGGCGGGAGCGCGCUGAGCUCUUCCCUCCUCCUUCCUUUUCUUCCUCCUCCUCCUCCUCCUCCGGGUCCCCGCCCAGCACCCCUCGCUCCAGGCGGCGGCGGCGGCCGCUGAGGAGCGCGAGACCCGCCGCCGGGGCACAACAUGGCGGAGCCCUCGGCCCCGGAGAGCAAGCACAAGUCGUCCCUCAACUCGUCCGCGUGGAGCGGCCUCAUGGCCCUGGGGAAUAGCCGGCACGGCCACCACGGGCCCGGGGCCCAGAGCGCGUCCAAGGCGGCAGGCGGCGCGGCGCCGCCGAAGCCGGCCCCCGCGGGGCUGUCCGGGGGUCUGUCGCAGCCCGCGGGUUGGCAGUCGCUGCUCUCCUUCACCAUCCUCUUCCUGGCCUGGCUGGCCGGCUUCAGCUCGCGCCUCUUCGCCGUCAUCCGCUUCGAAAGCAUCAUCCACGAGUUCGACCCGUGGUUUAACUAUAGAUCAACACAUCAUCUUGCCUCUCACGGAUUCUAUGAAUUUUUAAAUUGGUUUGAUGAAAGAGCAUGGUAUCCACUAGGAAGAAUAGUGGGUGGUACUGUUUAUCCAGGGUUGAUGAUAACAGCUGGCCUUAUCCAUUGGAUUUUAAAUACAUUGAAUAUAACAGUACACAUAAGAGACGUAUGUGUUUUCCUUGCACCAACUUUUAGCGGCCUUACAUCUAUAUCUACUUUCCUGCUUACCAGAGAACUUUGGAACCAAGGAGCAGGACUUUUAGCUGCUUGUUUUAUUGCUAUUGUACCAGGUUAUAUAUCUCGAUCAGUAGCUGGAUCCUUUGAUAAUGAAGGCAUUGCUAUUUUUGCACUUCAGUUCACAUACUACUUGUGGGUUAAAUCUGUAAAAACAGGAUCUGUUUUUUGGACAAUGUGCUGCUGUUUAUCAUAUUUCUAUAUGGUCUCUGCUUGGGGUGGGUAUGUCUUUAUCAUCAACCUUAUUCCACUGCAUGUAUUUGUGCUGUUACUGAUGCAGAGAUACAGCAAGAGAGUCUACAUAGCAUAUAGCACUUUCUACAUUGUGGGUUUAAUAUUAUCCAUGCAGAUACCUUUUGUGGGAUUUCAGCCAAUUAGAACAAGUGAACACAUGGCCGCUGCAGGUGUUUUUGCAUUGCUACAAGCUUACGCUUUCUUGCAGUAUCUGAGAGACCGAUUAACAAAACAAGAAUUCCAGACCCUUUUUUUUUUGGGUGUAUCACUAGCUGCAGGUGCCGUGUUCCUUAGUGUCAUCUAUUUGACUUACACAGGUUACAUUGCACCAUGGAGUGGCAGAUUUUAUUCAUUAUGGGACACUGGGUAUGCAAAAAUACACAUCCCAAUUAUUGCAUCAGUGUCUGAACAUCAGCCUACGACUUGGGUGUCUUUCUUCUUUGAUCUACAUAUUCUUGUGUGUACCUUCCCAGCAGGCCUAUGGUUCUGCAUCAAAAAUAUCAAUGAUGAAAGAGUAUUUGUUGCUCUGUAUGCAAUCAGUGCUGUCUACUUUGCUGGAGUGAUGGUGCGGCUGAUGUUGACUCUGACUCCAGUCGUCUGUAUACUGGCUGCAAUUGCCUUCUCAAAUGUUUUUGAGCACUACCUGGGGGAUGACAUGAAAAGGGAAAACCCACCUGUGGAGGAUAGCAGUGACGAGGAUGACAAAAGAAACCCAGGAAAUUUGUAUGAUAAGGCUGGUAAGGUGCGUAAGCAUGUGGCAGAGCAGGAAAAGCCAGAGGAGGGGCUAGGCCCCAACAUCAAGAGCAUCGUCACCAUGCUCAUGCUCAUGCUGUUGAUGAUGUUUGCUGUGCACUGUACCUGGGUCACCAGCAAUGCCUACUCCAGCCCCAGUGUGGUCCUGGCCUCCUACAACCAUGACGGUACCAGGAAUAUUUUAGAUGAUUUUAGAGAAGCCUAUUUCUGGCUAAGACAAAACACAGAUGAACAUGCUCGAGUGAUGUCAUGGUGGGAUUAUGGCUAUCAGAUAGCUGGAAUGGCUAAUAGAACUACAUUGGUGGAUAAUAACACCUGGAAUAAUAGCCACAUAGCACUGGUAGGAAAAGCCAUGUCUUCUAAUGAAACAGCAGCCUAUAAGAUCAUGAGGACUCUAGAUGUAGAUUAUGUUUUGGUUAUUUUUGGAGGCGUUAUUGGCUAUUCUGGUGAUGAUAUCAACAAAUUUCUCUGGAUGGUUAGGAUAGCUGAAGGGGAACAUCCAAAAGACAUUCGGGAAAGUGAUUAUUUCACCCCACAGGGAGAAUUUCGUGUAGACAAAGCAGGAUCCCCUACUUUGUUGAAUUGCCUUAUGUAUAAAAUGUCAUAUUACAGAUUUGGAGAAAUGCAGCUGGAUUUUCGUACUCCCCCAGGUUUUGACCGAACACGUAAUGCUGAAAUUGGAAAUAAGGACAUUAAAUUUAAGCAUUUAGAAGAAGCUUUUACAUCAGAACAUUGGCUUGUCAGGAUAUAUAAAGUGAAAGCACCUGAUAACCGGGAGACGUUAGAUCACAAACCACGAGUCACCAACAUUUUCCCAAAACAGAAGUAUUUGUCAAAGAAGACUACCAAAAGGAAGCGUGGCUACAUUAAAAAUAAGUUAGUUUUUAAGAAAGGCAAGAAAAUAUCUAAGAAGACUGUUUAAACACACUGUUCUGGUUCUUGACUUGAAGCAGUUGUCCUUGUGAGAACCGGUCUUUGCCUUUAGCUCAUGUCAUGUUUCACAGCAACAGAGGGUACAGAACUAUCACUGGUCCAGGUUAAUGUACACAGUUUUCCCGGCAGUGUCCGAUUUUUAAAAAUAAAAUUGGUUUAUUGAGAAGAACUGUUUCGAUUUGUAAUGUGAAGCAAGACAGAGCACUGCUGCAGGUGUCUAGCAGCAGAUUUUUUUUAUUGGUACAUAUUAUCCUUUAAACCUGAGAAUUUGGACUAACUGCACCAAAGAACCUUCUAAUUUGGUCCCUUCAUGCACACUUGUCAAUGUUUUUGUUAUUUUACAAGACCUGCAUUUUAUUUGAAUUACCCAGAUAGCAAUAUGUAAAAUACAAAUGACAAAAACUGAUGACAACUUCUUGAACAGUAAAACAGUACAGGUCUGAGGAAAAGGUAUUAGAAAAGAAUUUAUACUUCCUUGAAAUAUAUUUAUUUUCUGUUUCUCUAGUGCAAAGAAUGUUUCAUCAAAUGUACAUUUUCUGUCUCUAUUAAUGUUUGCUGUAAGCUGCUGUUUCAAAUAAGGACCUCUGAGUAGCUAAUUGAUUCAAACAGAUUUUUUAUGUUGAUACAUUAUUACUGCUUUUAGCAGUUGUUUUCACAGGUACUUACAGAGCACAUUUCAUACAUUGUUCAUUCAAGGGCUAAAUUUCUAUCCUUUGGAAAUCAAGGCAACUGCACAGAAUGUUGCUUACCAGGAUGGGGUUUGGUACUUUAGUACUGAAGUUGGGACUAUGUUUACAUGCAAAAGUUAGGGAAGAAACUCUUAAAGUAUGUGGGUAUCCAAAGUUCAUUUUCUGUGACUCCUCAGAAUGACAAAGGAUUUGUAAACUUUGCCUGGAUUUUUCUCACUUUAUAACAAUUCCAUUCAUCACAAUGAUUUUUGCUCUCUGCUCCAUAUUCUAAUACCUUAACCAUUUGAUGAAACACUCUUUAGUGCUUAUAUGCAUUUUCUUUUAUUAAAAAUGUGACAAUUGUAAAAAAAUGCACUAAAAUAAUAAAUGGAGAUUGAACAUGUUCAUUUUCCAGCUUAUAGGCAACUUUAUACAGACUUGAAAAUUUUCUCCAGUUUAGUAAAAGUGAGAGGGUUUUUCCUGCCACAGGACAUGGAUAUAACUUUUUUUUAAAUAACAAUAACACACCACUGCUUUUGGUGGAAAAGUACAGACUAGUAUGUACCUUUUAUGAAGAAAAAUGUAAUUUACAAUGUUCAGUGAGAAUGUUACUGCUGAUUUUCUCUUUCAAGGUGUAGAAUAUUCUUUGAUUUAUAGAAUUCAUUUUUGACCCAGAUGGUGGUUCUUUUACAGACCAAUAAAAUGGCUAAACAUUUUUCACAAAGUAUAACUAAAUCUGGAUAUCUGAUAUCUUGUCAUUUGGGGGAUUUUAUUUUACUUUGUUGCUUUAAAAUUCAGUGCAGAGAAGUUGUUGACUGUAGGGGAAAUAAAGUUAAUUCAAAUUUUGUGUUAA